AUCUUUGACAAAAAAACUUUACUUCGAAAUUCGAAAAAUUAAUUUUUUUAAAACUUUUUUCAUAAAAAUAAAUUUUUUGUGUCUUUUAAUACCUUUUAAUAAUUAGAAUUAAAAAAUUUUAAUUGUUAAUUUUAAAUUUAAAAAUUCAUUGAUUCAAAAGUUAUUCAUAUGUAAAGUUAAUGCUUUUUAAGCAUUUGAUAGAUUAUUAGGACGCCAUAUUGCUUUCCAAAGUUCGUCCAAUAAGUGGAGUAAUUAUCUAUAUAUGUUGGCUAUGAUAGGCAUUAGGUUACAUAAAUAUUUUCAAAAUUAUUGAAUUAGAUUAGUUAUUUUUUCAGCUGUCUUAGAUAGCCGGUGAUAUUAGUAAUAAUUAUUAUUUUGGUUUAAAAAUUUUUUAAAAUUAUUUUUAAAAAAUAAAGUUAUUUUUAAAGUUGAAUAUAAUUAUAUGUAUUGUGUAGAGCAAUCAGAGAAACAAAAUAUGAAAUGUAUUUAUAUAAACCAAAUUUGAUUUAUCGCGCUUAAGUAGUUAUUGUCCAUGCAAACAGAGACUUCUUCUUUCACUAGACGAAUUUGAACACCAAUCAAUAUGAUGUUCUAGUAAUGUGUUAAAUAUAUUUAACAUUAUUAAUUUUACGUAUUAAGUUUCAAAUCAGUAGAUUUAUAAACUUAAAACUAAUUUUUUUCAAUAUUAUUCGUCAAAAACUCUUAAAAGAAAAAUAUUAACAAAAAACCAUCAUGUCAAAGGAAAAUAUUAAUUUACCAAGAGCUCCAAAAGAUUUAUGUUUUUCUGAAAUUGAUUUUAUUCAGCAAAAUUUUAAUGUGGAUGCUUUUCUUCAAGAACAUAAAAAAAAUACAAAAUUAGAAACAAUGCGAGAUGAUCUUGGAAUAUAUUUAAAAUUAUUGAGAUCUGCUAUGAUUGAUUUGAUCAAUAAAGAUUAUAUAGAUUUUGUAAAUUUAUCAAGCAAUAUGAUUGGUUUAGAUAAAGCUAUUAAUGAUUUACAAACACCUUUAGGUCAACUAAGAGAAGAAGUAAUGCAAGUACAGCAGAUCUUAGAUGAUGAAGUUGUAACAAUUACUCAUAACAUAAAUGAAAAUAAGAAAGUUCGAGAUUAUAAGCAAAGUAUAUUCAGUUUACAAUAUAUCUAUAAAUCUUUAAAUAAACUUACAUCUAUUUUAUAUUUAAAUACAUUCCUUGAAAAUCCUGUUAAAAUAGACAUUUUGGAACAAGCUGCAGCAGAAUUUAAUCAAUUGCAAUUUCAUAUGUCUAGAUGCAAACUAAAUAUUACUAAUGAAAAACAGAAACAAAGUGAAAAACUAGAACAAUCUUAUAUGACACAUCUCAAUGAAUUUUUUUUAGCAUGUAUACAAGAACAAAAUUCUGUAUUAUUAAUUCGUUGUUUAGGAAUUUAUGUCACACUUGAUAAAGUAUGUGAUGCAGAGAAUUUAGUGAGAAAAGAGAUUAUUAGUCCAUUGAUAUAUAGCAUAAUUAAUAUAGAAAAUUUGCAAACUGAUUUAUUAGGUCUACAAAAUAUAUAUAGUAAGUUGUUGACCAUCUUAAAUGUAGAGCUUAAACAAUUAUUAGAUAUCACGUUACAUCCAAAUAGAUUUUCUGUAAAAGGUUUCAAUUUUUUAGUAAAUAGUUUUUGGAUUGAUGUAGAAGAAAAAAUUGAACAUUAUAUAAAAUGCAUCUUUGCUCCUGGAGAUCCAAUAUUAUUCCAUUCAAGAUAUGUAGCAACUUUGGAAUUUUUAGAAAAGUUAGACACUGAAUGUGUUACAUCUGAAUGUUUAAUUGCAUUAAAAAAUAAUUCACAAUACAAAAAUUUUUUAAAAAAAUGGAAUUUACCAGUAUAUUUUCAAAUUAGAUUUCAAGAAAUAGCUAAUGGAAUUGAGACAAUUUUAAUUGAACCAAUAUCACCAACAUCUAUAAAAGGAACAUUGGAAUCUCUUGCAUUGCAAAAUGAAUUUUCUCUUUAUACAACUUACAUUAUAUGGGAAAAUCUACAAAAAAUUUGGGAUAAUAAUAUAUAUCUGUAUCAACUCUUCCAUAAAUUUUGGAAAUUUAGUCUUCAAAUAUGUGCUAGAUAUCAAACAUGGAUUCAAACAGUGCUUAAAGAGGUGUGGCCAAUAGAAAAUGAAAUUAACAAUUCAAACAAAAUAGAACAUUCUACAAAACUUAAUUUCUUAAUCUGUUUAUACAAGGAUGCAGAAAAAUUUAUAAAUAUACUUCCAUCUCUUUUGGAAAUAUCUAGAAUAAAACUUAAAGAAGAAACUCCAACAAUAUUGAAAUUGUUAAAAGAUUCUCUUGAUGAAACAAUAAAAAAUUUAAAAAAAAUUUGGCCAGAUAUUACAAAAGAAAUUGUAAAUGAAUUAUUGAAACAAUGUGUAGUACAUUUGAAACAAGUUAGUGAUAUACCAAGAUUGUUUAGACGAACAAAAAGGGACAUACCAACUAAAUCAUGUGCCUAUAUUAAAAAUACUCUUGCAUUUCUUAUCAAUUUUCAUGCAGAUUACAAAAAAAUAAUACCAGAUGAUGUUAAUUAUUGGUUACAAUUGACUCUUUCCUCAUUAACUGAACAUUAUUUAAUUUCUGUAAAAGAUGUGCUUACUUCAGUACAAAAAACUGAAGAAAGUUUAAGAAGAUUGAAAAAAAUACGCGAUAAAUCUACAGCUUCUUUUUCAUCUGAUGUUCAAGGAAUCAGUGAUGAUGAAAAAAUACGAAUUCAAUUACAAAUUGAUGUACAAACUUAUGUUAACAUGAUUACAGAGAUGCAGAUUUCAACUUCAAAUGUACUUUAUAUGAAAGAGUUAUUAUACGCUGUUGAAACAGCAAUAAAAAGAUAAAUGUUACUUUCUUCUAUUUAUUUUAUUUUUAUAUAAAUUAAUUUUGUUAUUUGCAAUGAAAAUUUAUUUAUAUAUUUUUCUCUAUUAUUUAUAUAUUAUUCAUUAUAUAAUAUUUUUUCUUUUAAUAAAAGAAAAUUAUAAUAAUAAUAAAUUUUCUUCUUUUAAUUUUUUAAUGUGUUAAAUUUUGAAGAACAAAUAUUCAAAUUAUUUGCUUAAUAGACAUGUAUUAUUUACAUAAACAUAUUUAUAUUACAGAAAUCGUAUUUAUGAUUUAAUUACUUGAUUAUAAAAUAUUAAAUUCUUAUAAUAAAUUCUGAUCCCAAGAAUCACUUUGUGGCAAUUCAAUGGAAAUUAUUGAAUCUUGAUGAGGAUAAGUUGGAUGCCACCAAUCUAAAAUUUGAUAAUUAACAACUUCAUUCAAAAUAACUUGGUUUGUUAAUGUAUUAGGAAUAUCUGAUGUUCCAAAUCCAAGUUGUAAUCGAUGAUCUUUAAAACCAGGCAUUAAAGUCAUUGAUACUGACUGUAAAAUCAAACCAAUUACAGGUGGUAACAUACUAUAUUUUAAACAAGUUACCUAUAAAUUUUACAAUAUUGUGUAAAUAUAACUUUAUCAUAAUGAUAUAAUAUCUAUUAUAAAUAAUUAAUAAUUAUUUAUAAUAAAAUAAGUACCCGAAGUA